UUGCCGUCGCUCAGUCCGUCUCCUGCCACGGCACAAGCCGCUAACAAAAUGAAAACAAUACUAAAUUUAUUGUUUGUAGUUGCAGUGUGCAGUUUAACAGUUCAGUGAUGUAAAUUCUUUAAACAUUUUAGCAGUGUUCCCGUAUCAAGGAAAAAGUCAUUAUUUCGUUUUUGAACCGUUGUUGCUCGAACUGGCAAAAAGGGGACACGAUGUCACCUCCAUAUCUUAUUUUCCUCAGAAACAGACAGUCAAAAACUUUACGGACAUCUCACUAGCCGGCUCAGUGAAAAUUUUAGAAGACGUGUUUCCUAUUGAAAAGUCGUACUUGAGUGUAUUAGGUAUGGGUAUAUUUUUGGUUACCAGUGGUACGGAUAAUUGCAAAAUGUUGUUGGAAAAUAAAGAAGUGCAAAACUUAUGGAAAUCAAAAACAAAGUUUGAUGUUAUAUUAGUGGAGCAGUUCCAAAGUGACUGCGCGCUGGGAUUGGCGCAUGAGCUCGGAGCACCUGUGGUGGGUCUGACGUCGCAUACUCCGAUGACCUGGCACUACGACCGCUUUGGCAUACCAAGGAACCCAUCAUAUGUUCCGUGUUUGUAUUUCGGAGGCGGAACAAAACCUACACUGUACCAACGCAUUGAGGCUUUCAUUUUUAACACUUACUUCAAUUCUCUAUACAGCUGGUACGCUCAAAGAACCGAUCAGAAAACUUUAGCGCAAUAUUUUGAUAACGUGCCUCCUUUGGAAGAGUUGGGACGACAAAUGAAGUUCUAUCUUACGUAUAAGAACCCAAUUUUGUUUGGAUCGUCAGUAAUUCCAGAAAAUGUCAAGGAGGUUGGAGGUUAUCACGUUGUCGCACCAAGACCACUGUCGGGCGAGCUCAAGAAGUUCAUUGAAGAGGCGGAGCACGGCGUGCUGUACAUCAGCUUCGGCUCGAUGCUGCGCGCGACUUCCACUCCUCGCGACAAGCUGGAGGCCAUAAUCGGCGCCGUGUCCCAGCUGCCGCAAAGGGUCGUGUUCAAGUGGGAGGAAUCGGACCUGCCUGGAAACCCGAAAAAUAUUUACGUGUCUAACUGGCUGCCACAGAACGACAUUUUGGCCCACCCGAAUGUGAAAGCGUUCUACUCCCACUGUGGCCUGUUGGGCACAACAGAAGCCAUCCACCACGGCGUGCCCGUGUUGGGCAUGCCCAUCUUCGGGGACCAGCCCUCAAACGCAGCGGCUGUUGAAGAAAGCGGCCUGGGCCUUCGGAUUGACAUUACAACCCUGACUAAGGAAGAACUGCUUAGCAAACUCAAAAUCAUUUUGGAUCCAGAAUUCAGGCGUAAAGUGAAACGAAUUUCGGAAGCGUGGCACGACCGCCCCAUGUCUGCAAUGGACUCUGCUAUCUACUGGAUAGAAUACGCGGUCAGAAACAAGGAUUUCAACUUCCGCUCGCCCGCGGCCGAUCUACCUCUUUACAAAUACUUCAACCUAGACGUUUUAGCUAUAUUUACAUUUAUAUUUUAUGCUCUAAUUUAUGUUGUAAAACGUUUGUUUUCUUUAAGAAAAACUCAAUCGAAUAAGCUAAUUAAGAAAUCUAAGAAAGCUUAAUAUAU